CAGACGCCGACCGCCCGGGAGCAGCCAGCACGGGUCUCCACACGCCAAUUGGGCGAUCCGCUGCGUGUACUUUUUAAAUUCCAUUCGUCGAUAUGUGAGCGGGAGAUGUUCCCCCCGGAGUCACCGCGCGUCAUGACCUCACCGCCCCCCCGUUGAAUGGGAUUCCUCGCCGCCGCCGCCGCCGCAGCCGCCGCGCACCCUCCGUUUGGCACAGUCGGUCUCUCCGCCGCCUGCUCCGAGCCGCUGAUUUUUACAAUCUCUUGACACUUUUUUUUUUUUUGGGUUUCUCCUCUCGGGUUCACCGGUGGCCUGAUACGAGAUCCGCUCUUUUUCCGUACCGUCAGAACAGCGGCUGCCGCACGGCGAAAGAUCCCCGGUGGCCCGCGCGUCAGGGCCUCGGCCAUGGGAGGAUCCAAGAGUAAGCCGAAGGAUGUCGGCCAGCGCACACGCAGCCUCGAGGGCAACCUCGGCUCCGGCGGCGGGGUUGGCGGCCACCACCUCGGCGCCAAUCAACAGUCCUUAACACCCAACCGUAGUCCCGCCAUGGAGGGCGGUCUGGGUGGCAAUCAGCCUAUGACCAAUAAUGCAGAGAUGACCCUGUUUGGAGGUGUGGACAACAACACUGUCACCUCUCCCAACAGAAUCACGCUAGCAGGAGGCGUGACAACAUUCGUGGCAUUGUAUGACUAUGAGUCUAGAACGGCCUCAGACCUUUCUUUCAGGAAGGGUGAACGCCUCCAGAUAGUGAACAACACGAGGAAAGUGAACUGCAGAGAGGGCGACUGGUGGCUGGCGCGCUCCCUCACCACCGGAGAGAGCGGUUACAUCCCCAGCAAUUAUGUGGCUCCAUCUGACUCCAUCCAGGCAGAAGAUCAUCUCAGACUGACUCUAGAGUCCAGGUGGUACUUUGGUAAAAUCACUCGCCGCGACUCCGAGAGGAUGCUGCUAAGUUUAGAGAACAGGAGAGGGACUUUCCUGGUGCGAGAGAGUGAGACCACCAAAGGUGCCUACUGUCUGUCCGUACUGGACUACGACAACACCAAAGGGCUGAAUGUGAAGCACUACAAGAUCAGGAAGCUGGACAGCGGAGGCUUCUACAUCACGUCUCGCACGCAGUUCAGCAACCUGCAGCAGCUGGUCAACCACUAUCGCAAGCACUCCGACGGGCUGUGUCACAGUCUGACAGACAUUUGUCCUGUGCUGAAGCCUCAGACUCAGGGCCUGUCCAAGGAUGCCUGGGAAAUCCCGAGAGAGUCCCUGCAUCUCGACCUGAAGCUGGGACAGGGCUGCUUUGGGGAGGUGUGGAUGGGAACCUGGAAUGGGACAACACGGGUGGCAAUAAAGACUCUGAAACCAGGCACCAUGUCUCCGGAGGCCUUCCUGCAGGAAGCUCAGGUCAUGAAGAAACUGAGACAUGAAAAGCUGGUUCAGCUUUAUGCCGUGGUGUCCGAAGAACCCAUCUACAUCGUCACAGAGUACAUGGGACAAGGUAGUUUACUGGAUUUCCUGAAAGGCGACAUGGGCAAAAUGCUCCGCCUCCCCCAACUGGUGGACAUGGCUUCACAGAUUGCUUCCGGCAUGGCUUACGUGGAGAGGAUGAACUAUGUGCACAGAGACCUGAGAGCCGCUAACAUCCUGGUGGGAGAUAAUCUGGUUUGCAAAGUGGCUGAUUUUGGUUUGGCUCGCCUCAUUGAGGACAAUGAAUAUACCGCAAGGCAAGGAGCCAAGUUCCCCAUCAAGUGGACGGCUCCCGAGGCUGCUCUGUACGGCCGCUUCACCAUUAAAUCUGACGUCUGGUCCUUCGGCGUCUUGCUGACCGAACUGGCCACCAAGGGCAGAGUGCCCUAUCCAGGAAUGGUGAACCGGGAGGUGUUGGACCAGGUGGAGCGCGGCUACAGGAUGCCGUGUCCCGCCGAGUGCCCCGAUUCCAUGCAUGAGCUGAUGCUGACCUGCUGGAGAAAAGAGGCCGAGGAGAGGCCCACCUUCGAGUACCUGCAAGGGUUCCUGGAGGACUACUUCAACGCCACAGAGCCGCAGUACCAGCCAGGAGAGAACCUGUAACUGGGCCGAGCGUGUGCGGAGUGUGCAUGCGUCCUGCAUGCGCAACACCCAGCAUGUGCGUCCACUCCUAGAGGGUACGGGUACGUGUCAGGGUUUGCCCCCUUACUGUGAGACGGGGGCAGGGGGGGGGGGGGGGGGCAGAGGGCAGACUGCAUUCUGGGUACUGUCAACAUCAACACAUCAACUGUUACCCCGUGGGACAAGAAACCAAUCAGCGACUCUCAGUUCCUGCUUCUUUCCAAAGUCGCCGUCUUGCUCUUCUAUCGCAGGUUGAAAGGCUACACUGUGGUAUUUAGAGUUUAUUAACCAGUGCUGUGUCAUUCCGUAUGUCAAAUCAACCCCCCCGUCACAUCCGAGCAGGUUUUCCUACCUUCUUUGUGUUUGUGAGGCGCCCUAAAUGUAUACAUUCCGCAUGCGUUCCCCCCCCCCCCCCUGUGUUAGCUCACCCAGCUGGUCUCGUCGUUUACGACCACCAACACCGCAAGUGACGCCAGACCGUGGCGUGGGGGGGGGAAAUCAUCCAGACAAUGAAUGUCCCUGCUGGAAGCCCCCGGGGCGUUACUGAAUUUUCAUUUUGGGGGGGGGGGGGGGGUACCAUUUUAAAAAGAGUCUGUCUUCCACUAUUUGGAACGUACAGUCAUUUUUCCCGGGACGAUCUAGGUUGUGUUUUGUUCUUAGACCUGGAUCCGCUGGAAUAUAUUCAGGUGACAGAUUUGACUUUAAAACAAUGCUUCCGCUGUGCAACAUUUCAGCUAUAGUGUCCCGACCGCUGUGAGAUUAGGUACCAGACUGACACCUUUCGAUUCUCUUUGAGAGGGCGUAGUCUCACUCGCCAAUUGGACCAAUUGGCGCAUCGCUGUGAUCAACAUACAGCUAAACUCAAAGAAGAGAAUCUAUUUUCUAAUUGUGACUUUUCUUACAAACCAAUGGCUACUGAUCACUAACGCUCGUCUCAGGAUGGAGAAGACUAGAAUUCUGCUGCAAGGAUUUUUGUGCCAUUAAAAAUCUCUUUUGUACUCUUCUUCUAACUGUGUAAAAGUGUAUUUUAAUACUCUGCUUUUCUUACAAUGAAGUUUGAGUUGUGUAAGCAGUUGUUCUUUUUAAAGGACAAUCCACUGAGACCCUGCACCUGAGUACAGAACCAGCUGGUUUUAAGGUGCGGAUUGGUCUUCAAGCAUUGAAAUUGAGAUCAGGUGACUCUACCUUUUACGUUUUUUGACCUUCAUUUAUAUGAAGAUUUCGAUCCGUAAUCAGCCUCAGUAUUUUCUUAAUUAGUGCACAACGGAACACUGGCAUUAAUAUGUUUCUGUGAUAAAUGAGGUGUACGCUGAAGAUGGUGAUGCCUCCUUCCAGCUACCAGAGAGCCUUCCCAUAUAAACAGCAUGUACAGCAAAUAAAUUGGCAUAUUCAAAGUUAGUUGUAAAUAUCUUUAAUGCUUAUAUUUUUUUUGUGUACAUCACCUUUAUAAUUUAUUCCUUUGACUAUAACCCCCAUUGUCUAUUUUACUUUUGGCGUCAUCAUUCAAACUUCAAUGUUUAUGGUACUUUCAUUGGUUUAAUAACAACAAUAAUAACGAAAUCUAUAUAUAUAUAUAUAUAUUAUUAAAACACAAAUGUUUUCUUUUCUUUGUGCUUGUAUUUCUGUGAAACGUAUCCCGGUUGUACAUUUUCGAUAUGUCUGACAGAAUUGGUGAGGAGAACUGCUCUGUAUUCGCUGACUCAGUAUUGGUCAUCUGCCAGCGUUAUUUCCUUCUCAUAAUACAAUCAAAACCACAAAUGUUUACAUCAAAAUAAUCUUCAAAUAAAGUUGCUGCUGCUUUCGAGGCUGAUAAAUGAGCAGUUAAUCAAAUGAGAUUGUUGUUAACCAUUUUUGGGAGAUACCUGGGUACACCUGACUGUGUGUGUGUGUGUGUGUGUGUGUGUGUGUGUGUGGCCAUCCAUUGUGCGCCCACAAUCGAAGGCGUUCGGUAUCUGUGAAGCGCACUGUGUCCUGUGGACAUGCGCCACAAUGAACCCGUUGACUUGCUUGGGUGUAGUCGGGCGUUCUGGCAUCGUUCCCUUGUUUUCCUGACCUGUCACUCAAUGCAAAAGUACACAAAAAAAUGAUCUGGUUAUUGGUAUGUAGCGUUGCUUUGAAAGCCAGGGUUAUUUCCAGUUGGGUUACGUGGGUCUUCUCUCUGGCUAUGCAGAUAUUAUUUUUUAUCUGUUAUAUUCCUACAUAUACUCUUUUCUACUCUAUCCAUUGGAAAUUUUCAGACAAAUAGCUCUUUGUUAAAUUCUACUGAAUAUUGUUCAAAUUUAAAAGUAUGCUUGAAUAAAAUUUGUAUAUUGCCAACUC